CAAACAAAAAUCUCGCUUCGUAUAACAAAGCAGAGGGAAAACAAAUGGAGCCAUGAGCUGCUCCCCCUCCUCCUCCUCCAACUCCCCUGGUCCCCUGCAAACCCUAGCCUCGGCUUAACUCCUCCCCUCGUCCUUGCCGGCGAGCGCGCGCGCCAUAGCCAGAGCCCCGCCUCUGCCUCCGCGUCGGCGGCCGACAUGCCGCCGCACGGGGAUCUGGACCGGCAGAUCGCGCAGCUGCGCGAUUGCAAGUACCUGCCGGAGGCGGAGGUCAGGGGGCUCUGCGAGCAGGCCAAGGCCAUCCUCAUGGAGGAAUGGAACGUGCAGCCUGUGCGCUGCCCCGUCACCGUCUGUGGCGACAUCCAUGGCCAGUUCUACGACCUCAUGGAGCUCUUCCGCAUCGGCGGCGAGUCGCCCGACACCAACUACCUCUUCAUGGGCGACUACGUCGACCGUGGCUACUAUUCGGUGGAAACUGUUUCGCUGUUGGUGGCUUUGAAAGUUCGCUAUAGAGACAGAAUUACAAUAUUGAGAGGAAACCAUGAGAGCAGACAAAUCACUCAAGUGUAUGGCUUCUACGAUGAGUGCUUAAGAAAAUAUGGAAAUGCAAAUGUGUGGAAGUACUUCACGGACUUGUUUGAUUAUUUGCCUCUCACGGCUCUUAUAGAAAACCAGGUAUUCUGCCUUCAUGGUGGCCUCUCUCCAUCAUUGGAUACGUUAGAUAACAUUCGUGCUCUUGAUCGCAUACAAGAGGUUCCUCACGAAGGACCCAUGUGUGAUCUGUUGUGGUCAGAUCCGGAUGACCGAUGUGGGUGGGGGAUUUCACCAAGAGGAGCAGGUUAUACAUUUGGGCAAGAUAUUGCACAACAGUUCAACCAUACAAAUGGUCUCUCUCUCAUAUCAAGGGCACAUCAACUUGUAAUGGAAGGAUUCAACUGGUGCCAGGAUAAGAAUGUUGUCACAGUGUUCAGUGCACCAAACUACUGUUACCGAUGUGGUAACAUGGCCGCAAUUCUUGAGGUUGGAGAAAAUAUGGAUCAUAACUUCCUCCAGUUUGAUCCAGCGCCUCGGCAAAUAGAGCCUGACACAACGCGCAAGACCCCCGACUACUUUUUGUAAUUGUGGUGUUGACCCUUUAACUUACCAGUGUCAAUGUUCCUCUCCUCCGCAGUGUCGGGGUCUGUAGAUCUUCUGUCCUUAGAUAUGGGUUCCAUGAGCCCGAGCUGUAUGUCAAUCAAUUCUUUUGUUUGGAGAUUUUCUUUUGGCUGCCUCUCGACCUUUAUACGAGAUGUUGAAGUUACAAUUGCCGAUUUUUUUUCCUGAUCUGCUUCCAUUUUGUUUUAUGGGUCCACAGAGUGAAAGGAAGCUGCAUUAGGAUUGCUCUUGUUCUCUCAGCAUCAUGUGCAUGACUGAAUAAUUUCCACAUGGAUGGGGUGCAGUACUCCCAUCUGAUGUGUCUUUUGUGUAUGUAUGUUUGUCGGUGUGUUGUAAUGAGUUUGAUAUUCUAUAGGAGAUGGCAGAUGUGUGUUCUGUUGA